AUGAUUGGACAAGUUGCAAUCUCAUCAACCUGCAAAAAAUUAUCUGAUAAAUUGAAACGGAAAAAUUAUCAACGACACUCAAUUUGGAUUCAAGCAAAACGUAUCUUUCGAAAACGAUUGCUAUCUAGAAUAGUUAAAAAUAAUGCUCAUAACAUGGAAUUAGCAUUGAGUGUAGAAUCUACCGAGGAUAAUCUGGAAACAAAGCCAAAUAUUGUUGGAAGCUCAGAUUCUAUGCACCGAUUGUUGGCGCCGGUAUUAAUGCAAGUUUUCCCGUAUCUUGAUAUUUAUGAUCGUAUACGUCUUCGAAGAGUGUGUCGUUUAACGGAAGAAAUAUUUCAUCAAAGUUUGAUAAGUUUGCCACCUAUUAAAUUGCAAGGAGCAUCACUAGAUAAUAUCGAAGUUUGGACUGAUCAUUCUGAUCUUAUCAUACAGCUCUUAGUACCUGAAUAUAGUUUUACACCGGAGACAGUUACAAAUGGUGUAAUUAUCAUAAAAGAUUGGCAAGCUGAAUUGCUUGUACAACGAAUUGGCAUCAAAAUGUUUGUUACUAUUGAGGGUAAAAUUGAAGUCGAAAUAUUUGUAGCAAAACGUGUAGAUUAUAUCGAACAUCUCUGGUUGGAGACACCAAUUAACGGUGAACUAUGUGAUGCACUUCUGAAAGAAGUUUCAAGAACAAAUUUAGUCGAGAAUGCGCGAUGGCGAAAAUUGAAGAUGGAUAAGAUGACAAUUGUUGGUAGUGAUGAUGAUGAUUGUGAAGUGAUAUCAAAAAUUAUGAGUCAUUUUUCGUCAUCACUUCGUGAAUUAUGUUUUCGUCAUAUUUGCAUGGAUUUCGGUUUGUAUUGCGAAGAAUUUUGGGAUGGCGUUAAACAAUGUCAACAAUUACGACAAUUUCAAUAUCAAACUUGUCAUCUGGAUAGCUUUUCUCAUAUGUAUCUUCAACAUGCUUUAGAUGAAAAAAAUCUAAUAACCCUUGAAAUCGGUGGUGUUGAAUAUCUUUCUUCAACAAUUCUUUCCAAAAUAUUAGCUAAUGCAACAAUUCGACAUUUAGCAAUCGUUUGUCCUUAUAUAAAAUUUCAUUCAUAUUUACAAAAUGGUAUCAAUAAGGCAUUGAAAAGGCUUGAAACACUUCUCAUACAGUGUACGGCGUCAUUUGAUCUAGACAGUUUAACGGAGCGUGAAUGUGUCAUUCAAGUAUUACAAGAAAUGCCGUAUGGUGGAGUGUUACAGAUUAUACAUAUUAGCGAGAAUAAUGUUGCUCAAGCAGCAAGAAUUAUGAGUUAUUGGCUUGAAAUAGCACGUGAGACAAUGAGUAGUGUGAAAUUGAAACUAUCCGGAAUUUCACAAAAUCGAAUUGAUCAAGCCAUAGGUCGAUUAUUGCGUAAAUGCAAUAAUGUUUUUAAAGUAGCAUUUAAAGGGUCAUCAUUGAUGUUGACAAGGGGCAAAGGUAAUGUAUGCAUUCUCGACAAAUAUAUGUGGUUUGGUGAAGAUGACAUCGAUUAA